AUGGCGCAGGCCUGGGAGGAUUUGGAGCUGAGCCUGGUGAAGCAAACCAAUGGUCAUUCUCCAAGCUUGCCCUCAGAUUGGGCGCGCGAUGGGAAUGGAUUGAGUUCAUCGGUGAGGUCUCCGUUGGUGGGGCAGCCGGAGAUGGAGGUCAUUGAUUUGAGCCAUACUUGCUACAAUCUCAUCUUCGUGAGUGGGAAAACCAGCGUGCUGGCGCCCAUGCUGGCUGUGGCUGUCGGGCAGUUCGGGAUGCUUUGGAUCGUUGGCUGGAGCUCUCCGGAGUAUUUCUUCGAGAGUGGCCAGUGGGUGGUCCCCAUCAGCGACUACUGGACGGUGAAUGCCAUGAAGUGUCUCUCGAUGUUGCUGACCUUCUUCCGAGUCAGUGGGGAGUUCAAAGAUGCGGCCAAGCUCUACAGAGUCUUAGCCCACCGCCCAGCGGUCCACAUGACGCUGCAGCAGCGCAUUUUGGGCACCGGGGCCUUCCUUUUACAAUACAUUGUGGCAGUGGUGGUGGUGUUAAUGGCGAUCCAGCUCAUCCUCACCAGCACCACUCCCAUCGCGACCAUUGGCAAGCUUUGGGUGGUGUUUACGACUCUAGACUUCGACAACUACCUUUGCAGCUUCAUCCUCUUCAUUUUCGACUGUGAACAUGCCUUUGACUGGGAAGUGAAGCUCCAGUGCCAGUCACGGCGGCUGUCACCGGAAAUGCGGUCCCGAACCUGGCUCCUAAUCUAUUGGGCUCCAGUCACUGUGGCGGUGCUGUGCGUGGCUUUGUCGCUUUGCUUCAACAUUUGCCCACUGACCGUGCUCCACUACGGCGCGGUGUCCAACGCGGAUCCAGUGCUGAUGCUGAGCAGCACCUUCGGUCUACCGGAGGGCUGCUGCAGUCCACAGGUCACUGACCAAGCAGAGAACGGGGUGGCGGUGAGCGUGCCCUGCGUCUCCAGCAGCCAGGCUGGUCGGGCCCUGGUCUACUACGUGGUGGUGCCUGAUGGCCGUCCCAGCCCCUCAAGCUUACAGGUCAUGGAGGGACGAGGUGGCGAUGGGAACCGCGGGCUACGCUAUGGACAGGUGACUGCCACGCCACUGCAGAUGCGCUGGUGGCUCACCCGCCAUGGCUUCGAUGUGAGUGUUUACUUGGCCAUGCGGAAGAGCACUGCUGGGGGUUUGGCGUUGUACCAGAGCAGUUUUCCCCACCUGGCCGAGUGGACGAUCCCGGACUUCCCCUGGACGCACCGCGCGCGGAUCUUCGUGGCCGCCGUGAACCCAAGCACCGGCGCCUUGAGCCCUGCCGUGGUGCAGUCGCCGGUGAUCCUACGGAAGGUUUGCUCCCCACAUUGUUUGCGAUGCGACUCUCAUGGCUCUUGUUUAGACUGCGAACCGGGCUUUGUUGCAGAAGAGCCUCCACAUCCCAACUCCGUUGGGGACGUGGCACCGAAUCGAGUUUGCCUCCCGUGCUCCGACGGCUGUGCUCACUGCAGUCAUGCGGGUGCUGGCCGAUGUGAUGCUGCUGGAUGUUUGCCUGGCUUUGGGAUCUCUGCUGGCCGGUGCUUACCGUGUGUGAGCCCUUUGUGUCUUUGUGAUGAAGAUCCCAGACAGUCCGCGGCCGAGACGACGACGGGGUCCGCGCCGCUGCCGUGCCGGAGCUGUCCGGCCACCUUUGGUUUGUCCAAGGGGAACUGCUUACCGUGCCAGGUCGUAGGAUGCAACGACUGCCCGGGUCAAGCGUGUCAGGAAUGCAUGGAAGGGGCGACUCUGAAGACCUCUGCCAUCCACAAUGAGAGCGUCCAGGAAUGCUUACCCUGCGCAGAUCAUUGCUCCAGAUGUGAAGCAUUGGGUGAGGGCCGAUGCGAUCCCGAGAUGUGCCAUCAAGGCUUCAGUCUGACGGCGACAGGAAGCUGCGCGCCAUGUUCCAUGCACUGCCAGAACUGUACCCGGGCGGGCCCUGGACGUUGCGAUCUGGGUAGCUGUCGGUCGGGCUAUGGCCUGCAAGGUGGUGCAGAAUGCAGCAAAUGCAAGGUCGAAGGCUGCCUGGUUUGUGACUCCCCCUACGGCUGUGACGUUUGCCGCGAGGGAUUCGGCCUCACCAGUGACAAGAGCUGCGAGGCCUGUGCUGCCAACUGCCGCCGCUGUGGUGCUUCGGGCGACCGUGAGGGCGCUGGGUGCGCGGAGUGUCACCAGGGCUUUGGCCUACAGGGCGGCAGGUGUUUUUCAUGCGCCGAUCAAUGCGAGAUUUGCGUGAAGACUGGGCCUGGACAAUGCGACCCCGAUGCUUGCGCUGCUGGCUGGACAGUCCAGAACCAGAGUGGCUCCGCCGUGUGCGUGCGUGAUGUCCGGUUUACUCACGUGUGA